GCGCGGGGCCCCGCCCCCUCCGCCCCCCGCGGCCUCGCCGGAGGAGGAGGAGGAAGAGGAGGAGGAAGAGGAAGAGCUGCGCCACAGGCGGGGGCGGAUGGGAACGCCCCCCCGCAGGAUGGCGGAGGGCUGGGCCGAGUGCCCGGCGCUGGGCCCGGGCUGGCAGCGCCGCGAAGCUUUUCGGAAAUCCGGGGCCACCAGCGGCCGCAGCGACACCUACUACAGGAGCCCCACAGGGCAGAAGUUCCGCAGUAAGAUCGAGCUGCGGCGGUUCCUGGGCCCCGGGCACGACCUGAGCAACUUCGACUUCAAAUCGGGGCUGGAGCGGCCUGGCCCCACACGGCCCAGGAAGAGCCCCAAAUGGCACCUGCCCGCCGGACCCCUCCCAGAGCCCCCCAAAAUCUUCAAAAAGGAGGAGGAAGAGGAGGUGGAAGAGGAGGUGGAGGUGGAGGUGGAGGUGGACGGGGCUGAGACAGAGAAGGCCCCGCCCUCAUCAGUUCAGGCCCCGCCCAUCGUCGUCCAGGCCACGCCCCCUGCUCUCCAGGCCACGCCCCCUCUGGUCGAGGCCACGCCCCCUUCGGCCGUGGCCACGCCCCCACCGGAGCCCCCCCACCGCAGGAGCCGGAAGCGGCCGCCCCUGGAGCCCCCCCAGGAUGGGGUGGUGGCGCUUUGUGCUGGCUGCCAGAGCCUCUUCCCGGGGGUGUCACUGCCCCCCCAGCGCCGCUGCCGCUGGCUCUGCCCCGACUGCCGUGCCCGGAGACGAGACUUCAACAGGGAGCAGCGAUUCUACAAGCGGGUGGGCUGCGGCACGUGCCAGGCCUGUCGCAUCCCUGAGGACUGCGGGAUCUGCAGCGCCUGCGCCCGCAACCCCCCCGGGGGUCCCUCCGGGCCCGGCCGGACCCCCAAGUGCCUCCUGCGCCGCUGCCUGCGCAUCGUCAAGAAGGGCCUGGGCUGCGGCUCCUGCUCCGGCUGCCUGAGCACCGAGGACUGCGGCAGCUGCUGCAUCUGCCUGCGGCGCCUGCAGCCUGGCCUCAAGCGCCAGUGGCGCUGCCUGCGGCGCCGCUGCCUGCGCCCCAAGAAAGCCAGGGUGGCCAAGAAGCCGCAGAGCCCCCGGCCCCUGACGGAGAAGUGGAAGCCCCUGGUGGAGCGGGAGCCCAGCGACGCCUCCAGCGCCAGGCACAGACGGGGGGCGCGGAGCCGGGCCAGCCGGCGCUGCGGGGUGUGCACAGCCUGCCGGCGCCCGGCCGACUGCGGCCGCUGCGACUUCUGCCGGGACAAGCCCAAAUUCGGGGGGCAGAACCUCAAGCGCCAGAAGUGCCGCUGGAGGCAGUGCCUGCGCUGUGCCAUG